UGUAUUUUUUUCAUCAACAGCCAUGACGGCUUCCCUGAAAAAAAUCUUUGAAAUGAUGAAAAACGACUUACCUGUCAUGUUAAAGGAAGUGAUAAGAAACUAAGAAAACACAUUCAGUAGUUUGUAUAAUCCUGCUAACAUACAAAAAAUCAAAUAAACAAAAAACAGGGAGAAAACAUAACCUCCUUGUGGGUGGUGGUAGAGACAAAGACGAAGCAGAACAACUAUUGGGCAGAUAACACAAAGUUAAUGACAUGCAGUAGUGUGAUAUAAAUGUGCUCAGAUGCAUGAUGGGAGUUCCUCCAGCAGUCUAGACCUAUAGCAGCAUAACUAAGAGAUGGCUCAGGACCAACAGGUCCUCCAACUCACGCGAGCACCUAGAGGUCAGCCGUCUUUAAAAUUAUCAUAUAGGUCAUAAUAAGCUGCUUGUACAAACGACCUACGUGGUUAUUUUUCGGGGGAGGGCAGUGAGUCUCUUCUGGACUCACUUGAGCAGCUCUAGCUAUAAGCUUUUUAAAGAGGAAGGUUUUAAGUAUAGUGGAGAUGGCCAUCUGCAUCCCUGACACAAACUGGGAGCUGGUUCCAGAGGACAGGCUCUGCCUCCCAAAGUAGUCCUGAGUUUAGAGAGAAGUGAUCUUUUGGGAUAAUAUGGAAUGAUUCAUAAACCCUCAGCUGUCAGUUUAUGAGGUACACCCAGCUACAUUAAAUCCCACAAUCAUGAUAAUGUUCAGUUUCUGUUGAAAUUUGUUGAAUCACAUUUCAACACAGACACAGUUUAUGUUAAACUUACUUUUUCAACUAUUGUGUGAUGUGCUAUAGGCUUAACAAUUAAUGGCACAUUAGUAUAUUUUCCUGUUCAUUGCACACAUGCACACUUGGAAAUAAAUAAAUAAAUGAUUAAGUGUUUCCCUAAUCUAAACUAAAAUCUCAAUUUGUUUUAUAAAGUUUACAUCUGUUCAUCAAAUCACCUCAAAGCUCAAACUGAUUUCGACUUUUCCGGCAGCACGUGAAGGGACCACGACGCCUUUCGUCAUCUCUUCGCGACACGUUAACGCCGCACGACUGUAGAAGCUAAUGGUUUGGAGCUCCGCAGAUACUGACAAAAACAAAACUGUCCUGAGAUAAUUCAGCCUGUUCCCGUUUGCGGCAGUUCAAUAAAUUGUUACCAAAAUAGUCAGUUGAAACGAGACUUAUGACGGGAAGUGUUAUAUACACCGUGGACUGACUGAAACUAUCGGAAAUCUAACGAGUGUGAUUCACCGCGGUUAGCUUUUAGCCCAAAACUACACCUGUUAGACUCAGCGUGGUUUUUCACGAUGGAUGAAGAAGACAGAGUCGACCGUCCUGUUCAGUCGAUCAGUGGAGAGCUAUCCUGCUGUGCUCUUUUCUGGAGGGGAUUUGUUGCUCAAAGAUGUGUUAAUUUGUUGACCGAGAGCUGGUGGAGUAUUUCAAGGCUCAGAUGAGGAAAAACCCGGACAUGGCCUCAGCCGUGGCCGCUAUCCGCACUCUGCUGGAGUUCCUUAAGCGAGACAAAGGUGAAACUAUCCUGGGCCUGAGGGAGAACCUGACAUGGGCCACAGACUGCCUGACUGGAGUGGACUCUUCUGUGGCCGUGUCCUCAGGAGGGGAGCUUUUCCUGCGCUUCAUAAGCCUCACAUCCCUGGAGCACCAGGAUUUGUCACGCUGCAAGAAGGUGAUGGAAGAGAGAGGAGAACUAUUUCUAGAGAAGAUCUCCAUGUCCAGGACCAAGGUUGCCAAGCUCUGUCACACCUUCAUCAAGGAUGGUACUAAAAUCCUGACUCACUCCUACUCCAGAGUCGUCCUCAGGGUGCUGGAAAAAGCUGCAGCUGAGAAGAAACGCUUCUCUGUCUAUGUGACUGAAUCGCAGCCUGACUCAGCUGGGCGACAGAUGGCUGAAGCCCUGAGAAAACUCAAUGUUCCAGUAACAGUAGUCCUGGAUGCAGCUGUGGGGUAUGUCCUGGAGAAGGUGGAUCUAGUUAUUAUUGGGGCAGAGGGAGUUGUGGAGAGCGGUGGAAUCAUCAACAAGAUCGGCACUUAUCAGAUGGCUGUGUGCUCCAAAGCUCACAACAAGCCCUUUUAUGUUGUGGCCGAGAGUUUCAAAUUUGUCCGGCUGUAUCCACUCAACCAACAGGAUGUGCCUGACAAAUUUAAGUACAAAGCAGAUACCUUGAAGACGGUGCAGAACCUGUCAGAGGAGCAUCCGAUGAUUGACUACACACCUCCCUCCCUCAUCACCCUCCUCUUCACGGAUCUGGGUGUUCUCACUCCGUCUGCUGUCAGCGACGAACUCAUUAAGCUUUAUUUAUGACCAUGCCUCAGAAUUCUCAAAUAAAAACCCUUAUCAAAAGGUUAUUAAAAAAAAA